AUGACGGCCAUCGAAGUUCCCCUUUCACUCUCCUCCCAGCAAAGUCUUGUCAAGAUGGAUGAGCGCAAAAGACCUAGCCCUUAUGAUCAGGUUGAAUCCGCUCCUCCCUUGAAGAAGCACCAAUCUACUGCAAAUGGCGCUUCCAAGUCCCAUAAAGAUGAUGAUAUGCCUUGGAAGGAUGACCUCGAGAGGUUCCAAAAGGAUGCGAUCUACCGGCAGAUGCAAGAGUAUCGACGAGAAAAGAACACGCUUGAGACACAAUUGAAAGAGAUGCGAAAAAAGGCACGAUACCAUGAUGAUCAUCUUCGAAUCAUUGAUUCUUGGUUCCAACAGGUAGUUGACGAAGUCAAACUCGCUUCCAAGGGAGAUGACGAUGUAGAUAUGGACGCUGCCUCACUUCCCUCGUCCCUACUGUUCACCGAUCAUGACCAUUUCGAGGAGCACCUUCGCGAUCGCUCAACGGAAAUCAAGACCGUUAUCUCUCGUUUAUUUUCAAACACCAAAUCAUACACACCAGAUGUAGCAGAACUUCAGUCGAGAAUAUCUCGAUUAUUAGCUGCCGAAAAAGGUCACGUGGUCGAACUCUCCAGACUACAGGCAGAAAAAGAGGAUCUCGAAAACCGACUAGAAAAUGCUUCGUUGCGUUACAUGAUGGCAGAAAAGAAGAUUGAUCGAGCCAAGAGCGUUACAGUGGCAAAACUCGAAAAACAGGCUUUGUUGGGCGCUACAAAAGCCUCGCCAGAGGAAGGAGGUCCGGUUAAGCGUGAAGAUAGCACGGUCAAUGGAACAACAGACAAUUCGGAAGAGCUUGCGGAGCUGGAGAAGGAGUUGAACAAGACUGUAGCGACGUCUGAAAAGCAGAAAGAACAACUUGACAGAUUGGAGGAGGAAAACGCCAAGCUUAUUGGGCAAUUGACCGAACUAUCAACAAAAUCAGCGCUGUUGACUGACGAGGAUUAUGCUAAGACAGAAUUGUUCAAGCAAUUCAAAUCUCAGCACGAGGAUGUUAUAAAGAGAAUUAACAACCUUGAAGCGAUGAAUGUUGAGCUGAGAGAAGAGGCCCAAAAACUCCGGGCAGAGCGAACCAUUUUUCAGACACAGCUGGAAAAUGAGACUCUAAGUACACUUGCUGAGAAGGAGUCACUUCUAGCGGCAUCAGAAGCUAACUUGGCAAGAAUUCGGCACAAUCGAGAUGAACUUCUAGCUGAUCAAGCGAUUAAGAAGGCUACCUUGGAUCAAGAUCAGGAAGCAUCUAAAAAGAUGGCCGAUUUAGUCUCUGCGCAAGAAGAUCGCAUCAAGGCCCUGGAAUCCGAAAAUGAACGGCUAACGGCCGAGCCAAAUGGGAUGGCUGUGGAGAACCCGGAGCUAGAAUCUCUGAAUAUUGAUGAUUUGCGAGCAAAAUUCACCGAGCUGUCAAGGAAUUACCACCUUUUGAACGGUGAACUUGCGUCAAUGUCAACGGCUUUCACAAAAGCGUCAAAACUGGCGAGCCAGAAAGUAUCCGAUCUUGCCUUGCUGGAAGAGAAAGUGAUGCGAUUGUCUGCAGAGAAGGCCAAAGCCGACCAGAAAUAUUUUGCUGCAAUGAAAAGCAAGGAAACCCGUGACGGAGAGAUUCGAACAUUGCGGUUGCAAAAUUCUAAAUCUGGUGAAGCCGUGACUGCGUUGAAAGAAGCCGAGGGGGCCAGUCGGGCUUGCCUAACAACCAUGGAAAAACAAUUGUCAGACUUGAAAGAAGCAUUGGCAACGAAAACGAACGAACAUCGAAACGUGCAGCAGCAAAGUAUAAGCCAAGGAUUGGAAGCCUCUAGACUUCGAACACAGGUGACCGAAUUGAAGGGUCUGCUAUCGGCCAAGGACGCCAAAUUCGCCACAACCUCGAAUUUGUGUCGAUCGGCUGAAGUUGAAGUUGAAGAACUCAAAUCCUCGCUAAAGGACACCCGAAGGAAUCUCGAAUCCUGGAAGAACAAGAGUGGACAAUCCGAACAAUAUGAGAUGCUGCGCCAAUUCGCGUACUGCAAUAUCUGCAAGCGGGCGUUGAAAAACACGGUCAUCAAAACUUGUGGACACACGUUCUGCAAUGACUGCGUGGAGGAACGGCUAACGAGCCGAUCAAGAAAGUGCCCCAACUGCGGGAAAAGCUUCGGCAGUAAUGAUCACAUGCGGAUCACGCUUUGA